AUGGAUAAAAUUGACAUGAGUCUUGACGACAUCAUCAAGAUCAAUAAAAAGAAGCCGAAGCAAGGAAGUAAGGCCUCAAACAUUCCCAACGGUAAUUUUAAUAACAAUAAGAGUAAAACAGGACCAAUUCGGGCGAGAUCUGCUGGAAAAAAUUUGACUCGACAAAAAGCCAACCCAUAUCCGAAACCAAAAAUUUCAAAACCAGGCAAUCCUAACGGCGUUUGGCGUCACGAUCUUUUUCCCACUCUUUUCUCUGGUGGAAAUACAAAGCGUCCCGGUCACCAAAAUAAUAACGGUAGUCCUUCCAUCCAACAUCGUUUGGGUACUGGAAAAUCUCCUUUAAGUAGUGGAGUCGCUAGUAGAUUAUCUAUUAAAGGUGUUGCUGGUAAGAAACAAGCUGAAUUCUCCUUUAAAGGUGAAGGUGGCCCCGCAACCAUUAUUAUCAAUAACCUUGCACAUGGCACGAGUGCUAAUGACAUUAAGACUGCCUUUAUGGAAUUUGGUGAAAUUUCGACAGUAGAUUUGAAAGAUUCAAGGGGUACACCCCCAAGUGCUGAAUUGACAUUUGAGAGUAAAGCAUCUGCUCUUUCUGCAAUAAACAAAUAUAAUACAGCUCUUGUUGAUGGCCGAGUGCUUAAAGUUCAAUUGAAAUCACCUGGGAGUAACAUAAAUACCGGUUCAGCUUCUUAUCGAUUGAGAAACAAAUCGAACAGGCCACAAAAUUCAAGUGCAACUACACAACGUUAUGGUGGCAAGGGAAAACCUUUUUUCAAUGGUUCAUUUUAA